AAGGAACGUUGAAAAAGAUUUCGAUGACGGCGAGAAGUUUUCAUAAUACAAAAGAUGAAAAUUACUUGCGAUUAGAAGAAUCCUCAGACACGGUUUUGGGAGAGAUGAUUGGCGAGUAUAGCGAAAUUUUUCGCAACUUGUUGGCGAGAUGGAUAGAAAGGUGUGAGGGUGUUUGUUAUAAGAACGAUAGGAAUACAGAAGACUUGAUUUUACCCAGCAAUGAAGAUUGGAGACGCAAAGUUUAUUAUCAACUGGUCGAGUUGCAAAGAGAACGCGAUGCUGAAUUUGCAGCGAAAAGGAUCGGCGAGAUUAGACCGGAAGCAGAAUUCACAAGCGAGGAGAGAAAAAAGGCGGAAGAGAUGAACGUGUCUGAAACCGGAGGUAUCGAAACGAAAUGGGAAUGGGAGCCGAAAUUCCGCGAGUUCAAUUCUUUAAGAGCAAAAGCUACAAGAAGAGAAAGCGACAAAUCGACCGAAUCGUUAACGAAGUUUCGCAGUGUCAGUGGUUCAAUGACGGAAAAACGCGUUCGACCUGGUUGGCGCAUCAACGAUAUCUCAUUGGCGGCAGAAAUCCUUCGAAAAGUUCGACCUCUUCCCAGUUUCAACGAUGAAGCCGAGAUGCGUCGAGUGUUCGGGCUGGUUUACGACGUGCUCAGGUACAAGAAGAUAUUCGAUCGCGCUCUGAAGGAUACAGGGUUUUGGCGUCAGAACAGUGCCAUUGAGGACCGCGAAAAGAUCGUCUGGCUUUUAUUGUACGACAUGCAAGGCAGGAAAUUUGGGAUACGAGACGAAGUCGACGCUGCGGAAGAACGUAAAAGGAUCUUCGAGGCAGCCGGAUUGACGGACAUCGACGACGCUCUUCUGGAAGCAAAAACGCAUCUAGCCGCAAGUAUCUCACGGCUGCGUAUACGCGGUUCCGCCCUCAAACUCGACGACCUGCUGCCGUUGCAUUUACGAGCGAUCGAGGGCGUAGCGUGGGACGAAGAUGCAGCGAUAGGCUUCGGAUGGGUGAACACCGUUAAAAUUCCCAAGAAGGAACACUUUCUGGAAGAAAUGUCGAAACUAGGAUUAACGUGUCAGGAGGACGAGGUGGAGCUCGACGAAACCAGUUACGCUUUCGAUUCGAUCUGUCCGAAGAUGAUUAACUUCCACGAAAGAGCUCGGGAAACAUUGGCCGUUUCAAGACUCGUCCGCGAUCACCGUUUCGUAUUUUUAGAGAGAUCGAUGUGCAUCGGCGCUGCAGCGCUGGCGAAGGCAAUUCGUAUGAGUCGAUUUUGCGGGCCGGUCAUUUUGACACAUUCCCUUGCACCUAGACACACUGGGUAUUUAGCUGGACUGUUGACCGACAUCGAUCAUGCUGGUAGACUGUUGGCUUUCGGGACUGGCAAUCGCCGAUGCGAGUACGAGACGUACCUGAAGGACCUGGGCGUUACUUUGCAACGAUGUCGCGUCUUCUCCGAAGAAUACGUGUCUCAUACAGCAACAGCCGAGUUAGAGAGAGCAACGGUAGUUUUGGCCGCGCCACCGUGUAGCUACACCGGCGUUAAAGACAUCGUUGAUCUCGCCGUAGCUCGUGGAGGAGACACGGACCUCCUCGAAUCGUUAACGAACGCCUACGCCAGCGACGACGAACUCGACCAUCGACAUCCGCAAACCUUCUUGGCCGAUCAGAUGUCCACUCUGAAAUAUGCUCUAACCAGACCGAAUGUUCAGUUUCUCGUAUACGAGGUGCAUACCGCUCUGCCCUCGGAGACUACUGAAAUGGUACAACGAGUAGUCGAUCAAGUCAAUCGUAUGGCUUUAGAGAAAUAUAUUCGCGAGCAUUCGAAGGUUUCGAAGGAGGCGAAGGAAGCGUUAGAAAAGCUUAACGCUUUGCGGAAAGUGGAUCAAAUGAAUUCUUCAAACAUUACAGUUCCGAAUAGCGACCUGUUCGAGAUAGGCAGCAUCGACGAGAUCUACGGAGAGAACGCGAGUCGCACCCUGGACGCAGGAUGUUUCAUCGCUGUGAUCAGGCGUAAAGAGAUGAUGCAGUUCGAUUCUUUGUUCAUGAUCAAAGUAGCGGAAUCAAAAGGUUUAUUCGGUGAUCCAAAGGAGCAACAGGAAUCGAAGCAAUUGAUCCUCGAUCAAUCACCUCCACGACCUUCUCAAAUCGGCGUUCGCAAACGAGCGAAGCGUGUCAAGGUCGAAAUUGAUCGAAUAAUGGCGCACACGUUCUCGUCGCUGUCUAGGAGUAUGAAGGAGAAUGGAAUUUGUCCUCGACACCGACGUUACAACAAUUGGAAGCAAACGAUUGGCAAUUCGCCGCAGGUAUCCGUAAGUUUUCAAGUUAAAGAACAUUCACCCAAAGCUUGGCAAAUUCGAAAAGCGACCACAAGUCGUUUGAGCACCAUUCUUUCUUCCGAAUCGCCGCGAAAGAAGGAGUUACGAGCGAUGUACUCGUUGUUCUCGACGAGCCCCGAAUCCUCGAGCCAAUUCGAUUCCUCCACGCUAUCGAACGAUGUCUUAUCCUUGACGAACGAUUCAAUCGACAACGCAUCUUUAACACGGGACAAAUGGAGCCACAGUGGUUCGUCGAGUACAAUUUUCAAGUCACCGAUUCUGACCCGAGCGUUGCAGCGCGUUCCAUCUGAGAGAGACAGAGAAGAGCACGACGAAGAGAACGUUUAUCUACGACUAGAAAUGCGUCGUCGACCGACAUCGACCGACAAGACGUCGCGUCUCUUUCACCCGGGUGGUUCCCCCACGAAUGUUUUAGAUUCGCUUCUCGAGGGCGCCUGAACAUUUACAUAGAAUAAUAUUUCAUUCGUGUUCAGCGAUGUUGUCAAAAAUUGCGAUGAGAUUAUAUUUUUGCGAAUAUAUUGGUGUAGAAGUCUCUUAUAUUAAUAUGUAACAUAUAUAAAAUUAUAAAUGUCAAGUAACUUGGCAUGGCAAUAGAACAAAGAACAAGAUGAACAAUCUUAGAAAAUAUAUUUUUAUGUCCAACGAAGGAAGACAUCUCAAAAUUAAUUCUGAGAAAGUAAGAGAGCAAGAUCCUUAAAAUUAUGCUGCUACAUUUUAUUAUCAAGCAGCAAAGCUUUUAUUGUAACAAAUCAGUGCUUUCUAUCAAUAUGUUCAAUUUUGUAGCAAAGCUUUUACUAUAACAAAUCAAUACUUUCUAUUAAUCU